CUACGAUCGAUGCAAAUCUUCCGCCGUCGAGUUUCGGGACCUCUCCCGCGAGGUCAUGUCAAUGACCAUUGUGCUGAAUGCGAUUGAGACCUACUGGAAAGAGGAAAAUGAGCGAAAGAGCGACCUUGCCGCGGACCAAAAGGAGAACUUAAGGACACUUGCCGCAGGCUGUGAAGGGGUUCUUGAGGAAUUAAAAGAGCUGCUUGAUAAACAUAAGAGUCUGGCAAGUGGAGAGAGCUUCAUAGCGCGGAUGAGAUGGGUCCCCAAUGACAUCGCACCGAUACGCAACAAGCUCAUACUCCAGACGACGCUUCUGUCAACCUUCAACAACGUUAUCACCGCUACAUCCAGUGCCAAUGCACAGGCAAAAUUGCUCGAAGCACUCAAUGUAAUUCACCGCGACUACGAGACUGGCCAGCGUGCGGCUCCUGCGUUCUCUUCUGUCACCGUCGCGGAUUUGAACACCUCAGGCAAUGUCGCAUGGAAGGAGAUCGAAGCCGAUAUACAGAGCGAGCACGUACCCGUCGAUUUAGUACGGCAGAACCAAGCGUUCGUACGGGAUUGGAUCGAAAAGGUAAUUAUAGAAGAGCCAGAGGGCAUGGAGCGUGAUGAAGCAUAUAACGACAGUCCACCCUGGCCGGCAUCUGCCACACCCCCGGAAACCAGUCUCACCAGGCUGACACUUGAGUCACCUCUCCAAAGCCCUAUCGCCAGCCAGCAAAAGAGGAGUGCCAGCUUCAGUUCUCAUAGCAGCAAGGACAGUGCAUGGCGUCCCGUCGAUGGUCCCAAUCCAGACUAUGUUCAAGGUUUGCUCAAGAAAGUACUGCAGCUAGAGAAUUCUGUCCUAAGUGAUGAGAUCCGGGUCAAAAGGAUUGCCAAAAGAGUUUAUCAUCAACUGGACUGGACUGGUCGCGGAUUUUUGUACCGAUUCACUGUUCAAGACGAGUUCCGCAAAGUUCUAGAUCUGAUCGACAUUGACGUAUCAGAUUCCACCCUCGCGUCACUUGUGUCAGUGGGUGACAAGAACAAGGACGGGAAAAUAGAUCUUCAAGAAUGUGAAGACUUGCUAGUUAGCCUCAUUUCUCUUGUCGAUAAAAUUGCGGAACAAGACUUGCAAGCACGAAUUAAAAGGGAUAUCAAGCAUGGUCGUCGGGCCGUCGAAAAUCUAUUGCAGGCUACCUAUAACCAGAAAAAGGAUCAGGCGCCUCUUCUUUGGGGUUGGCAAAAGUCUACAUCUGCCGGGGGUUGGACAUUUUCAUUUGGCCUCGAUAAGUCCAUCAACUCUAAGAAGCUGCCAAUCGCCGACACGGCUGCCUUCUGUUCCCAGUACCUCAUUGCUACAAAGAUGUGCAUACCCGCUCUUAGUCAAUCAUUGUCUCAUUGGGGCAAAAGGACUGAAAUACUCAGGUUGCAGCACUACAACCUAGGAUCAACAACUCAUAUGCCAGAAAGCUACUCUCCGAACAUCAGCUGUAGAGAACCCAGCUGAAAUCUCAGCUGUAGAGAACCGAGCUGAAGCCUCAGCUGUGCAGGGCUCAUCUGAACUUA